GCCUGCACACAGAGGUGGGGAAGAAAGGGCAGGGCAAGGCAAGAGAGUUGUGCUCCAUUCUUUUGGCAAGAGCAUUGGCUUAAACUGGAUGCCUAGAAAGUGAAGACUGGAACAUCUAGAGGGAGGUGCGUAGCUGCAGCUCAAAGAAAAUGAAUGGCACACUGGAUCACCCAGAUCAACCUGAUCUAGAUGCUAUCAAGAUGUUUGUGGGUCAGGUCCCACGAAGCUGGUGCGAGAAGGAUCUAAGAGAACUUUUUGAACAGUAUGGUGCUGUCUAUGAAAUCAAUGUCUUGAGGGACAGGAGCCAAAACCCUCCUCAAAGCAAAGGGUGCUGUUUUGUUACAUUUUAUACCCGUAAAGCUGCACUAGAAGCACAGAAUGCUCUUCACAACAUGAAGAUCCUCCCAGGGAUGCAUCAUCCUAUCCAGAUGAAACCAGCUGACAGUGAAAAAAGUAAUGCAGUAGAAGAUAGGAAGUUGUUUAUUGGAAUGAUAUCCAAGAAGUGCAAUGAAAAUGAUAUCCGAGUGAUGUUCUCCCCCUUUGGGCAGAUUGAAGAAUGCAGGAUAUUACGGGGCCCUGAUGGCCUGAGCAGAGGUUGUGCAUUUGUGACUUUCACAACAAGAGCCAUGGCACAAACAGCAAUCAAAGCAAUGCACCAAGCACAAACCAUGGAGGGUUGCUCUUCUCCCAUUGUGGUAAAAUUUGCAGACACACAGAAGGACAAAGAGCAGAAACGGAUUGCUCAGCAACUCCAGCAACAAAUGCAACAGAUCAGUGCUGCCUCAGUAUGGGGAAACCUGGCUGGACUCAACACACUUGGACCCCAAUACUUAGCACUUUAUUUGCAGCUCCUUCAGCAGACAGCAGCUGCCUCAUCUGGGAACCUGAACACACUGAGCAGCCUCCACCCGAUGGGAGGACUGAAUGCCAUGCAGUUACAGAACUUGGCUGCCUUGGCAGCUGCCGCCAGCGCCGCUCAGAGCACCCCCAGUGGCACCGCUGCACUCACCUCCUCCAGCAGUCCCCUAAGUGUGCUCACCAGCUCAGCAGGUUCCUCACCUAGCUCCAGUAGCAGCUCCUCUGUUAACCCUAUGGCUUCUCUUGGAGCACUGCAGACACUGGCAGGGGCUACAGCAGGCCUCAACGUUAGCUCCUUAGCAGGAAUGGCUGCCUUAAAUGGAGGACUUGGCAGUGGUGGGCUCUCAAAUGGGACAGGUAGCACAAUGGAAGCCCUCACACAGGCUUAUUCUGGAAUCCAGCAAUAUGCUGCUGCUGCCUUGCCAACUCUCUAUAACCAGAGUCUUUUAACACAGCAGAGUAUUGGUGCAGCAGGAAGUCAAAAAGAAGGUCCAGAGGGAGCCAAUCUGUUUAUCUACCAUCUCCCCCAGGAGUUUGGGGAUCAGGAUCUGCUGCAGAUGUUCAUGCCCUUUGGAAAUGUUGUCUCUGCCAAGGUUUUCAUUGACAAGCAGACCAACCUGAGCAAGUGUUUUGGGUUUGUAAGUUACGACAAUCCUGUCUCUGCACAGGCUGCCAUUCAGUCAAUGAACGGCUUUCAGAUCGGCAUGAAGCGCCUGAAAGUGCAGCUGAAGCGCUCCAAGAACGACAGCAAACCCUACUGAGCGCCCUCCGCUGGGGACUGGAGGGAGAAGGAUCUGCUGGUAAGUUGGAGAGGAGCGCACUUAGUGAUUCGAAGCCCUAAGGCUGUGUUUUUACAGUCCUGGAAGCUGAUCCCUGCCUUCUCUCUGGCGCAUCUUCCCCUGAAGAUUCGGCUGCAGCCUCUGCUGAGAAUCCCACUUCGGAUGGAAGACAAGUUUGUGCUUUUGUUUCCAGUGUUUUACUUUGGAGUUUAGGUGCCAUAUCGCUGAGGGGGUUUUUUUUGUUUGUUUUGUUUUGUUUUUUUCCUGCCCCCUUCUCCCCCUCUUAUCCCCCUUCCUUCCCCUUAUUUGAAGUUUGCUGUGUUUGUAACCAGUGUGUGUUGAGAAGGACCAAUGCCAGCUCCUUGGGGGUGGGGAGGGAAGGUUAAAGGGAGCAGCAGAAACUGACACCACACUGCCUUGGGGUGGAGAGGAAAGGAGGAAGCAGAGCUGACACCAGACCUCCAUGGGGGAGAGGAGAAGGGAAAGCAGAAUAACACACAACAGCUGAUGAGAACAAAGAUGAGGAAGGAGAACCGUGUCCCUCCAAGGUUGGGUGAGCAAAGAACCAGCUCCAUGUAGCCUUUGUCAUGCCCCAUCCUCUCAAAAAUUUGCUUGCCUGUAUAACGUGGUGGGGAUUUAUUAAAUCAUCUCUAAAGCAGGAGACAGGCUAGAAGGAGGAACACAUUAACAAGCCAAAGGAAAACUGCAGUGAUUUUUUUUUUUUCUGUAUAUAAGGUAGUGUUUAUAUAGCACCGUGACUGUACACAGAUAAAUUUUCUGCCCAGAAAAUGUCACUAUCCAUUUACAGUUGAAUAUUAAUGAGAUGCAGUGAAUUUCUCCAUAUUUAAGAAAACUUACCCAUGUACUUUAUCUAGAUUUUGUAGAAAGGUAUAUAGAGACAGCUUAGCCUGGAUGAAUACAUCUGGGGCUGGAAAGAAGAAACUUCUGAUCCCUGGUAACCUGUGGAAAUUUUCUUCUUAACAGUUGAUCACAUUCCCUAUUUCAGUGGAAUAAUUUUCUUUUUUUGCAGAGUAUUAAUUAUUUAGAAUUCACUCUAAGAAUCAUAGUGUAGGUACUGUUUUUUUCUCUGGAAAAAGGACUUUUAAACUGAGAUACAAAGCCCAGAGUUAGUGUAGCACAGGUCUUGAGGCUCCUUUUUCAUUCGUGUUCUCAGAGGGUUUGAUUUCCCAGUAUUUAAGCUUUUACAGAUACAAGUUUUUUUCUUAAAAACUAGAAAAAAACAAAACAAAAAACCCAAAACAAAACAAAACCAAAGAGACCCCAAAAAAACCCCACAAAACAAUUUGUGCAGUGUUUUGGUCUAGUAAUUAGGUAUUUCUUGAUACUGCAGUUUUCCUUUAAGGUGUUGUGUACCAAUGCAAAACAGGCUAAGACAGGAGCUGUGGAACCAGAGCAGAGCAUUGAGCCCACUCAGCCUUUUUCUGCCUUUUGGUACCAGCUGUUACCUUCUGUCUGGAAGGAAAAUUGAACACACCCCAUCAACAAACACACUCUUUUUCUGCACACUUGUAAAAUGGCUCACGUGUUGCUAAGGGCCUUUGCUAUACACUGGUUUUAGGGGGCUCUAAGGACUUUUGACACUCUGGCCUGAUUUGUUUUAAAGAAAUCAGAGUAGAGUCCCAUUUUAUAACCACCAAAAGCCACCUCUGUCACUAGAGGAAGUUUACAAUUUCUGUGCAUCUUCAUCAGAAGUUCCGUUUACCUCAUAUUUUUCUCCUUUUCCUUGUUUUCUUUGUAUUGCUGAUUUGUGAUGCUGCUUCCUGAGGCACCAGCUAACACUGCACUCUGGGAGCCAGCUGCUAAAUGUGUGUGGGUCAGAUGUAGGGUUGGGACUUUCUGUUCUGCUCCAGCAGGAGGAGCACCAAACCCACCAAACCUGAAAAUCACCUCCAGAAUCCGCAUCCACCUGAGGUGCUCUGCUGGGAAUGUCAGGUGUUCCCAGGGACUGGGUCCCCUGGGAAUCUCACACCUCAGAAGUACAAGACCUGUCCUGUAACAUCCCAGAAGAGACCUUUAAAUUCUUAAAACUGAAAAUCAGAACAGUUGGUUGUUGCCAGUCUGUUGAUAUUAAUGGCAGACAGGUCGAUCUAGCAGUAUUAAUGAAAUUAUUUCCUGGUGGCAAAGGUUCAAAGGCCAGAUUGCCAAAUUUCCCAGUUAUGCUGGCAUAUGGUACCCUUCUAUGUUAAUUAUUUGAAUCUCUCUAGAAACGUAACCAUACACUUAAGUGAACCAUGUACACUUGAAUUCUACACGAUGGGAAAGAUGUGUCCUGGGUUUCUGAGAAAAGAGUGGUGGAGUGUGAAAGCCUCCAGGGUGAUAAUGGGAUUUUUUUUUUUUAUAAAUAAUAUACUUUUCAAAAAAAAGGAAAAAAAAAAAAAAAAAAAAAAAAAAAAAAAAAAAAAAAAAAAAGAAAGAAAAAAAAUAGUUGGGAGCAACUGCUCCACGUACAACCUGCUGUAACCAAGAAUGUUGUUUCUAUUUUUAUAGAAGUUUUAUACCGCUCCAGGCUGGAGAAUAUUUAUUAUCUAAAUUAUUUCACUGGAAAAAAAAAGAAAAAAAAGAAAAAAAAAAAAAGGCCAGGGUUUUGUAGAAUCCUGAAUGUGAUUGUUUUACACACAUAAUGGUGUGCAUGAUUGAAACUACUGAUUUUCAGUGGCCUGUUUGCAGCCCAGCAAUUGCCAAAUGGGGAAGACGAAUGCUGUGAACCAGGGGAGGAGAGCACUGUGCUCUGGGGUCUCUACAGUCACUCUUAGCUUCUCUGCACCCUACCCCACUGUACUCUCUAAAACCUUUGUCCUGUUUUUCUUUUAACUUGAUGCUGUGGCCUCUUCACUAGUCAUUUCAGUUGCCCAAAAUUAGAUGGUUUAGGUCCUACAGUGUGUCUGUAACUUCGGGGUCGAGCUUGGCGUUGUUGCAAGUAGGUGCAGCUCCUGUUGACUCCAGGAGGUUCACCUGUUUAUGCUGUGGCUUUAGUUUGAUCAGUGACUCCUCCCAGGCAUCAUCACCUUGAAGACACCUAACUUGGGCUAGUUCUUGUGCCUUACUGGCAUAACUAUAAGUAUUGCCAAAAGAAAAAUGAAUCUAUGCAGGUUAAAUUUUGAAGUACGUGAUCAUCAGAUGGUUUGAAUCAGCACAGGUCUGCCCUCUUCAGUAGGCCUGCAGCAGUUUUCACCAGCUGAAGAUGUUGCCCUUUUUUGUGUAUCUGUUUCAAGUUUCCCUUUCUUGGUGUAUGAAUGUAUAUAUGUUGCCAAAGUUAAUAAAUGUAUCAAGUUUGUGACUUGGGCAGAUUUUUUUUCUGAUAACAGAACUGAUCAGAUAAAGUCAACAUUUCUGUGUCUGUUUUGUGGCUGCUGCUGACUCCUGAGAUUCAGGCUCUUGCCUUCCAGUCUGAAGCCAGUUUUCUUCCUCACUCAUUGGCAGGAAAGUCUGGGAUUUUGGGGACUUGGGGCUUGGCUUUUAUUUUUUAUUUUUAAUUACUGUCAUGCUCUGGUUUUAGUGCAAAUCAAAGCCUUCUUAAAUGCUUUAUUUCCUGGAUAGUAGAAUGAGUUGGGUGAGUUUAUAUGAACUGCAGAAGGACUGGCUUAAGUAGCCACCUGGACAAAGUGUUCUGUAUGCUCAUAAACCAAAGAAUCUGAAUUUUCUACAACAAAAGCUAGCAGGACUUGUAAUGAAAUGGGAUUCCUAUUACAUGUGUCACUGGGAACUACUUGCAUAUUUUUAAUAACGAGAUGGAUGUCACAGAUUAUUUUUUUUUUCUCAGAAGACACUGAUUUUACUGGAUGUGCCAUAAUAAGAUGAAAGUAGUAUGAAGAAUUGAAGUCUUAAUCUUAUGCUACUUAGUAUCAAGUAUGGUAAUAAAUGAAAUAACAGAUUCUUCAGUCCCCUAGAUAAUCAACAGUCCAGUAUAGGAUAUCUCUUUGUAGUUGAGUUUUUUCCUUCCAGUACGUUUUUUUCCUUCCAAAUCUUGCAUUAUUAUAACAUGCCUUUGAUGUCUAGUGAUUAAAUUUUAAUCCUAAACAGAAUGAGGAUUGGAAUUUUUCCAAAGUAUCUGGAAUGAUGGUGAAUAUCUCUUUAUAUUUCAAUGGUGAAACAGUUUAUAGCUGUGGGUGCUACUAUCUGGAGAAUAAGUGUCUCAGUUUCUCACUGGCAUAUACAUCUGUAAUGAAAAAGCUUUUCAUCUGAAUGCUGGAGGUCACAUAGCAUGAGACAUUCUGCUUGGAUCAGAGAAUUAACUCAAAUGUUGCUUUUGAUGCUGGUUGUGAGCUAGGGCAGAACAGCCAAGCAGAAAUAAAUUGUUCCAAAUUUUCUUUGGAAAUAUCUAAAAGCAACUUGAAUAAAACAGAUUGCAAACGAAGACUGCAACUAUGAACAUGUAAAAUGCUUUGAAAACUUCUUGUUGCAAAAAUUUUAACACAAGGUUGUUUUACAUCCCUGAGCAUACCUACCACAAAAUAUAAAACUCAGAAGACAGAAUUAUCGCAGUUGUGAGAAUUAAACAAGGACAAACUGGAAUAACUUUCCCCAAGUCAUUAAGUACUUAUCUAGCACCUCAUGGCUCUGCUCUUGUAGGCCAACCCUUCCUCAAGGCUUUAAUGAAAUUUAAUCUUCCCCCUCAAAAUUGAUGAGGGAAAUACUUUUUUAAAUCUCUGUCAAAAAAAACCCAAAACCCAAAGAAGUGGCACAACGAAUUCCUGUGGUGCCUGCUUAGAUGUCACUCAAUUUCAUGUCUCUUGUUUCUCAUGCCUCAGUUCAUAGUAUUCCUAGAACUGUAGGAAUAAUUGCAAGAGUGGCAUUGUAUUCUGCUUGCUGGAGUUGAUUGAACUCCACAGUAAAUCCAUGUUCUGCAUUGGAAAGCACAAAGAGCAAAUGGAUCUCAGCAGUUCUAGUAAGUGGAGUGUUGCAUGCUCAGUGCACAGAAUGCUUCUUGCUGCUUUGGAACUCAAGUGCAGCACUUGCUGUUCUCAAACACACUCUUAAGUGCUAGCAAAUAGUAAGCUCUAGUGUCUAACCAGCAGCUUUUAGAAGUGCUGAAGGAUGAGGCCACAAAUAGAGAGAGAAAGGUGAGUUGAGGGGCAAAGGAGGGAAGCAGAGGGAAAGAGGAAGGAAAAAGGAAAAACUUGCUUCCUCUCUGCCCUGCUUCCCAAAUUUUUUCCAACAUGUUCCUCAUCUCAAGCAGUUCACAAGCUGAGAAAUCAAAGGUGGUUUUAUCACUCAAUAUAAGAAUUAUUUCUAAAUUCUCAUCAAACUGGCAACAGUGACUGUAGAGCUUCUCAGAGCCCAGUAUCCCCUCCUCAUGAAUUCAGGGAGCUGGGGGCUGUUUACAUAAAAGAUUGGGAAUGGAAAAUCCCUGUGCAGGUCUAAUGGUAUAAAAAGUGCUCAGCUAGGACAAGUCUUAAUUUGCAGUCAAGUCUUAAGGAAUUCUUUGCUAAUGUGUGCAGGUUUUGGUUCCACUUAAUUUGUCUUGUAUGAUUUUACUUUUUUUUCCUCCCCUCUUCCAAAUCACCCACUCCCCGUUUCAUGGGCUCCUAGAGAAUGAGAAGGGACUAGAGCUAAAGGAAAGAACAUGAAUUUCCUGGGCUGCCACUGCCUAAAAUCUUCCUGUGUUAGGAUGCAAGACAAGUCUCAGCCUCAAACCACCUGUGAACCCCUUGUGUUCUUAGUCUUGUCUCUCAUUGUUUCAGGCUCUGGGGACCUGUGUUAGCCCCGGAGCCACAUUUUUUGGAGUCUGUCUCCUGGGGAGAACUUGCUCUGUUCUCCUCCUAAGCAGAGACACAGGGCAGGGAGGUGCAUUCAGAUCAGCCCAGGGCUAUGUUGUGGAGUGCUCCAUGGGCUGGGUGGUCAAGAGGGAAAAUCCAGGCCUCUGCUUCCAUUUGGUUUCUGGCAGUUUGGUGUUUACUUGGUGUCCUUCAUGUACUUCGACUUUUACUUGUCCAUCGUUGGCAUGUGCUGCCCUUCCCUGUCCAACUCCCUUCCCCCCCGAGGUCUCAUUGUACAGUGCCCAUUCUUGUUUUCUCUCUCUCCGUGUUUGGAUGUACUGCUCUGUGUAACUCAGUGGGUCUCCCUCUUUCUGGUUUGUUUUUUUUCUAGAUUCCUGCCGUUUGUUCAUCGUUGUGCCUAAAGCAUGUCGAUGUGGCGUUCAAGUACAUCGUCCAAAUCCUUGUCUCUUCAGCUUCUCUGAUGCUUGAACUCUCACCUUUGACCUUGUGUUGACCUUUGAUGCUGAUGUGUAUUUUUAUUACGUUUGUUUCUUUCUUUUUUUUUUUUUUUUUUUUUUUUUGUGCUGCCAAAUUGGUUUUGCUAGAAAGACUGCUGAAGGGGAAUAUUUAAACUUGCAUUUGAAUAUAAAAGAAUUUCUAUUUUUCUAGACCUUCGUAAGAUAACCACUUGAUUUUGUGAAUUUGAUUCUUUGUAAUUGUCUUCAGAGCAGCCUUGCUAGCAUACCUUGUGGAGUAUUUGUAUUUCUGUGAACAUACAGCCAAUCACUUUCUAGGCUUAGUUUUUUCUGUGUGCUUAGUUUUAAAAACACAGUUUUGAAGAAAAAGUCAGUUAUAUGGUGUGACUCAAUCUUUCAGGAGACUUCCCAGUCACAUUUUGCUGAUCUGGUUUCUGUGCUUGAGGAGACAGAAUGUGUUUUUGAGUUCAAACUUGUGACUUGAGUGGCAUCAACAGGAAACACUUGAACUACAUUUUCUUCUAAUUGUAGCUACAUUUUUGCCCUAGCAUUUAUUGAUUAUUUUUUAAUUAUUAUUAUUUUUUUUUCCUCUGCUUCCCUGUGUGAUUAUUAGUCUGCAGUGAGAAUUUGAUCAAAGUUGAUGUUGUAUUUUGUUAAGCCUCAGCAUGCUUGUUUGUUUUUUUGUUUUUCUUUUCUUUUUUUUGUAACUACAAUCUCCUCAGCAAAAUGUGAUAUUUUUGUUUUAAUCUUUCAAACUAAGAUAGUGCCCAGAAAUGUUUUGCAUGUUUCCUGCUGUUUUCUUCACACCCUCGUAUAUAUCACCUUCACCUCUCUGUUUUCUAUAGUUUGUGCAAAAACUGAGCAAUUUAAUAGGUUUCAAAGGUAUCCUUUAAAUUGAUGGUUUUGGUGUGACAAAUAUCUGAUCAGAAGCCACCUGAGGGCAUCUACCUGUGCACUUAGACUGUCUGCCUGACAGAGCACCUGGUUCUUGUUCCAUCUCCAGCGCUGUCAGAGGCUCCCAGGAUGCUUGGUUGCACUUCUGCUGCAGUGGAAGUUUUGGUUGGGGGGGGGAAUAGCUGGGGGAGGGCAGGAAGAUUGGGGAACUUCACAGUAUUUCUGUAUCCAAAGUUAGCUGAAUCUUAGGGCUCUUCUGAAAUGCUCUUUCUGAGCCUUUUGUAUAAUCCAAGGGCACAUUUUUGCAAAGCUCAGCCCCAGUUUGAUACCAUUGGUGGCAGGAUAUUGGUGGAAGGAUCUAGGUCUUGAAACAGAGGCUUUGAAGCGUUCAAGAGAAAGCUUUUUUUAAACCUGGUCCUACAGCUGCUGGCUCUUUUCCCAAGUUACAAGCACAAUACAACAGCCUCUGAAGCUGUUACGUGAACAGGGUACCAUCCCCAGCUCUCUUCUCAAGGGCCUUAGCUGGGGAAUCUCUACGGAGAUUUUUUAGUUUUUGUUUAGUUUUUAAAUUGGGUAAUGAGCUAAGCAGGUUUUUUUUCUGGCUUGCAGGAGGAACUAGAACAGGUUGCUGCUUUCUGGGUUGCAGGCUUCCCCCCUGCCCUACAUGCCACCUGCACAGGUAGAAACUGGGAUGUAGCUUCUAGAUGAAAGCACCUGAAGAGUGUGUGCUGUGCUGAAAUUCAAAAGGAGAAGCAAGGUAGUGUAGGUAUCUGAACAGUGGAAAAUAAUGUGAAAUGAAAUCCCAGCAGAAAGAGGUUUUGCGGAGAAAACAAAUCAUGUUUGAUUGGGAUGAGGCAAAGAUGCAAAAGGAUUUUUUUCCUCUCUCUCUCUCUCCCACUCCUGAGCUGGCUGAAGAUGCUCUGUUCUCAGCAGAGUUCGGCUCAGCUUGGGCAGACCCUCCUCUGCUUGUAGGACAAGAACACAUUUGGAGCUGGGAACAUGUGUGGAGCUGGGAGAGAAGCAUAAGAAAAAGAUGGAGAUUUGUUGGGUUUGGGGGUAGGGUUGUGGGCUGGCUGCUGUUAGUCCCACAGUCUGAAUGCACAGGGCUGUGUGUCAGGGGGGAGGGGGGCACUGAGGAACUGCCAGUCCAUUUCUGUACGUCUGCGUUGGGUUCCGUAAGGAACUUGGGGGAAACCUGUGGAAAAAUAUCUGAGGAAAAAAAAAAAACAAAAUGCCAAACGUUGGAUGUUUCUUUCCUUUCUUCUUUCUUUUUCUUCCUUUGGUUGUUUUAAUUGUUCUGUGGUGGUUUUAAUGGAUUUGAGACAGUGGAGCAGCAGCUGCCUUUCUGAUUUUUGGCUGCUUUUUGUGAAUAAUUUAAAAAGAAAAUUUACAUUUUGGAGACAAACCUGUGGGCUUUUUUAUUGGUACAAACAUUGUAUUUAACACUAGGGGUUUUGUACAGUUUUUUGCCUUUUCUACUAGAAAACAAUGUAAAGUGAUACACAAUGUGAUGAGAAAACAAAUUGCCACUAUGACCAAAUGUAGAGUCUGUUCUGCAGUAACGGGAUUUAAUCAACUCGAAGUCGUGGUUCAGUCGUAGAAAUGCUUUUCUUUACCUUGUUUGAGCUGUUCCUUUUUUUUCUUGUUUUGAUUUGCAAAACAAAAUGUCUUUUUGUGUGAAAUUGUGUUGUACUCUGUAGAGAAUUACGGAUUUUACUUUAAUGGUUUAAAAAGCAGAGGAGCACGUGUUGCUUUUCUGAUCUGAUGGCAGAGUUUGUGUAGUGGGUUUAAAAAUGAGAAGAUUUGUUACAAGUUUGGAACGAGCGAGUAUGUGUUAAAGGAAUUUUCUUCCUUUUGUGUGUGUGUGUUGGUUUGUUUUUUUUUUUCCUUUUUGUCCCAAAGGGCAACUUAAAGCUGUUUUAAUUGCACAGACACACCGACAAUAAGUCAUUUUGUAUAUGCCAAGUGUGGUACCUUCCUUUGUUUAUUUGCUAUUAAACUGUUUGAGAAGAGUCA